UUCCCUUCAGCAUUUUGGAGCCUGAGAGAGGGAAUCAUUGUUACUACUGAAAUGUCUAUAUGUGAAGACAUGUUGCUCUGUAAUUAUCGGAAGUGUCGCAUCAGGCUCUCUGGCUAUGCAUGGGUAACUGCUUGCUCACACAUCUUCUGUGACCAGCAUGGCAGUGGUGAGUUCAGUCGGUCUCCAGCUGUCUGCCCUGCCUGCAAUAGUACCCUUUCUGGUAAGCUAGACAUUGUUCGGACAGAGCUCAGUCCCACAGAGGAAUACAAAGCCAUGGUGUUGGCAGGGUUGAGACCAGAAAUUGUUUUGGACAUUAGCUCCCGAGCGCUGGCCUUCUGGACAUAUCAGGUGCAUCAAGAGCGUCUUUAUCAAGAAUAUAAUUUCAGCAAGGCUGAAGGCCAUCUGAAACAGAUGGAGAAGGUAUACACUCAGCAGAUCCAGAGUAAGGAUGUGGAGCUGACUUCUAUGAAAGGGGAAGUCACCUCUAUGAAGAAAGUGUUGGAGGAGUAUAAGAAAAAGUUCAGUGACAUCUCUGAGAAACUCAUGGAGCGCAAUCGCCAAUAUCAGAAACUUCAGGGUCUCUAUGAUAGCCUUAGGUUACGAAACAUUGCCUUUGCCAACCAUGAAGGAGUUCUGGAGCCAUCCGUGAUUUCUCAGCCAGCUGCUUUUGGCUUCCCAACAGGGAAUACUUCCAAGUUUCCUGUGGAUAUGACGCCAGUUCGAAACUGGGGCAGUGGGGAUGGAGACUUCCAGUUCAGACCAUUUUUUGUGGGUUCUCCCACAGCAGCUGAGCCUAGCAAUAAUUUUUUCAGUUUUGCUUCUCCCAGCCACGAAGCAGUGCCACAGCCAGGUGGUAGUAGAGCCUUUAAAGUGAAAAGAAUGUAGCCCAUCUUGGAAAGAGGGGGCCAAGUGAGAAAGAGGGAAAUUUAUGAUAACUCUGUUGCCUACUGUGCCUUGUUUUCCAUAGUCGAUUUCACUAAGAAUCUAGUUUGCUUCCUUGCUCUUCUCUAGUGGUUUCUGACAGUAAAGUGGACCCUAGUUACGGUGUAACCAUUCUUAUGGCAAGUGUUAUUGCUCAUUCCUGAGGUUAUCAGUUUCCUUGUGCUAUUAGUUCUACAAAGUUUGCUGCUUGCUGUGAGAAACUUAUGAGGAAGGAAAUUGGCUUUGGAUUCUAUUCUUUUGCCUGUGUUAUUUUGAAUAAUGAAUGUGCUGUUUUAUUAAACUCAGUUUGAUUGUG